UAUAUAGUGCGAACUCUACACUAGAGUACUAGAGAAGAGACUGCUGCCUCAAUCACAUUAACACGUGCUCUCAACUCGCGUGAUAAGGUCUUUGAUAGUUGUUCCGAACCGAUUUUACGGUUAACAUCACGAAGAAAGUGGAGUUUUUCAUGGCGAAAUUAGAAUAUAAUGGUAUGUCAAGCGACAGUGACAGCGGAGAUGAUUGGGAGGAAAUUGAUGAGGAUCAUCAUGACAUUUCGUGUCUGUUUUGUAUGGAAACCAUUAAUGGAUUUCCCUCUGCACUUAAUCACAUCAAGACCUUUCACAAGUUUAACUUCUGCGAUUUUAUAAAGAAACACAUUCACGAUACUUAUUCAUAUAUCAAGUUAAUCAAUUUUAUUCGCUAUAAGGAGAUUUCGCCUGAACAAUUGAGUACACUGGGUAUAGAAGCUUGGGAUAAGGAUGAAAAUUUACGUCCAGUUGUGGAGGAUGACCCAUGGUUAAUGUAUGAUAUUGAAGAUCUCAUCAACAUUAAGGAUGUGAAUGAAGAAAAAGAAGCAAAACAAAUAUACCAAACUAAUGAUAGUGUCACUUUACCGGAAACACAAUAUGAGGAUAUGAAAAGAACUAUAAGAUCACUUAAAUCUCAGCUGAAGGAAAGCGAGACAACGUGUUUCCUAGUCAAGCAGCAAAUGGAAGAGAUGAAAGAGAAAGCUCAGAAGUUAAUACUAGGUGAUGAUUUAGACGGAAAGGAAAAAAAUACUCUGGUCAAUGCUCACAAUCCCAAUGUUGAUGAAGGUUACUUCAAUACGUACAGUCACUUUGCUAUACAUCACGAAAUGUUAACAGAUAAAGUACGAACAGAAAGCUAUCGCGAUGCACUUUUAACAAAUUCAAACAGAUUUCAUAACUGUAUAAUGUUAGAUGUUGGUUGCGGUACUGGUAUCCUGUCAAUGUUUGCGGCAAAGUCUGGUUGUCGUAAGGUUAUAAGUGUUGAUCAGUCUGAUGUGAUAUAUCAUGCUAUGGAUAUAGUAAGGGAAAACAAUCUCAGCGAUAUAAUUACGUUAAAGAAAGGUCGCCUAGAGGAUAUUAAUAUAGGGGUAGAUAAAGUGGAUGCAAUAAUAUCUGAGUGGAUGGGAUAUUUUCUCUUGUUUGAAGGAAUGCUGGACACAGUCAUUUAUGCUAGGGAACAUUAUUUAACACCUGAUGGAGUAAUUCUUCCAAACAGAUGCACAAUUAGUAUUAUCGGAAGCGGUGACACGAAGAGAUAUAUCGAUCUGGUUGAUUAUUGGUCGAAUGUGUACGGUUUUAAAAUGAGCUGCAUGAAGGCGGAGGUAGUACGUGAACCGAGUAUAGAGAUCUGUAAUGUCGACAAUCUGAUAACGAGCACCGCCGAGAUCCAAGUCUUCGACUUGUACAAAGUCACUAAGGACUGCGUUAAUUUCUCGUCUCCCUUCACGUUGAAUGUAAAAAAGACGGGAUCGUUAACCGCGAUAAUCGGUUAUUUUGACAUUUUCUUCGAUCUCGAGAACCCGGUACAUUUCAGCACAGGCCCUCAUUCUACUCCGACACAUUGGAAACAAACGGUAUUUUCCUUAAGCGAGCCUAUUAGUAUAACCGAAGGUGAGGUUCUAACUGGCACACUGAUUUGCCGAAGACACUGUAAAGACAUCCGAGGCUUAAUCGUUACUAUCCAUAUAAAAAACUUCACUCAGGUAUAUUAUCUAGAUUAAAGAUUGAAUAUUUGUUUAUCCGUUAAAUAUACGCGCGAACAAAUAGCCGUACGUGCCAAACUUGAGAAUAGGGGUCCACCUAUCAAAUUCCGUUAGACAUUAAUACGUAAAAGACGCGUGAUUAAGUUUUACAUCUCUUUCUAUAUAGUUUAAAAAAUUUCCUAUCUAUAAUCUUUUCUCUAUAUAUUCUAUCUAUAAUCUCCAUUUAGAUACUCAAACAGGAAGAGUAAUUUUCACAUUUAUGCAUUUCGAAAUUCCGGCUCUUAAUUUUUAUGCUGAAAGUAUGAAUAUAUGCUGUUGCACAUAGAUAUGGGUGUGUGUGUGUGUGUGUGCGCGCGCGCGCGCGCGUGUAUGGGCGUGUGCGUGUAUGUAUAUAUGUAUUUCUUUCACUGCAAGCGAGAUAUAGAAUGCGGCAGUUCUUCUUAAAUAAUUUGCGGAUUCGAAUUAAAAUAUAAUAAUUGAUCUAGUAGCUAUUUACAUUUGUGCCUUUUUAAUGAUAGCGAUUCAUAUCUCUAUAAAUCAAUAUUAUAUAUAUAUACAUACAUUCUUAUAAACUCAACUUUAAGAAUUUUUGCAUGAACGAUAGAGUUUCAAUCUUAUAGUUGAACAUUCACUGCGUAAGCACAAAAAAGCAAAAAAAAAAAGUUUAAAAUUAGUAUACAGACAACGAUAUAUAGUGUGUUCGCCCAAGUUCAAUUUUUGCUAAAUCAUUCUAAAGAGUAUUUGGCAUUCUACAAUUUCUUCGGAGUUCUCUUGUUGCUGCUACCAAUUUUUCUCCGCAAUAAAAAUUUCAUUAAUAUCUCUUUGACGAAACAAUAUUGAUAGAUAUACUUCAGUCGUCCGAUAUAUUAAUAUUAUGCAAACUCUCCUGCCACACGUUCUUCUUGCAUGUGAUACGUAUGUACAAGGACCGAAUUAUCGAGAAUAAUAUAGAGAUCGUGCUUGCUCCGAAUUAAAAUUGCAAUCAAACAAUUAAUUAUACGAUUCUGUGAUAUGAAAAAAUUAGCUAUAGAGUGUUUAUCGAGAGAGCGAUACACCGGUGACAUUUUUCGCAGUUAUUUAUAUACGAGGGGGACAGUGUAUACGUAUGUGAAAAAAAAUAAGGCCUACUUUGCCUCGUAUAUACGUAUACAUACAGCUAUCGUAUAAGUACAUGACCUGUUGAAAUAGCGAAUUUUAAUCCGCAUGUAAUUAUCAAUUAAUUAUAUUAUAAUCGCUCUUUUAAAAUGUACGCAAAUUGAAAUAAAUACUUUAGAAUCUUA